AUGGCGCCCGACACCCAAAAACGCGAAAUCCUCUCCUUCGCCGCAUACCUCCUGGUCUCCAGCGGCGUCCUCCUCUACACGCUCCAGGGCCUCUACUCGGACCUGUAUUCGCCCAUGAUCCGCGCCAGCCACCACCACGUCAUCUUCGCCGCCCUGAACGUCGCGGCCCUGCACACGGCGCUGCUCGCCAGCGUGCCCUGCUGCAUCGUGGUCGACCGCAUGAAGCCGCGGCGGUCACUGCCGUUCCUCGGCGGCAGCGUCGCGUCGCUUGCGUACUUCGUACCUGUGGCAUCCCGCGGCUUUCCGGAUGGCAAAGAUAUUGUCAUUGCGGCGCUGCCGUUCUUGGUGGGGUUUGUGCUGGAGUGUAUGACUGGGAGGUUACAUGUGAUUGCGAACCGCCUGGAUGGAGUGCUACCUUAUGUGCUGAAGACGCAGGACGCAGGACGAGAUUCCACGAUCGCAGACUAUCCAGCAGCUCGCCUUUCUGGUGAGCACGUCGUUCGGCACUGCUGUUACGAGGCCAGAUUCCGUCGAUACCGGAAUUGGUCCGUCGUCUCCAAGAGCUAG